GCGAGGAAGUUGCGUCGCUUCCUGUGGACAUGAUGGUUCCUGCUCAGUCCUGGAUGACAUGGGUAGAUAAAGAUGUAGUAACUUCACAGACAGAUGGACAACUCGUCAGUUCCGGCUUUUAGGUUGUCUACAAGCUGAUUGGCUGCUGCACACGAGAGUUCACAAACUAAGAUCCUGAUUGGCUGACCUCGUGCGGCGCGUGCUAUGUUUCAUCCCUCUGACGUCGACUUACCGGAGCAGUGGGUAGCCGGCGAGCAAGACGCGUCAAUGAACAAUUACCCCGAGGUCAUCCUCGCCCACAACAUCUUUGUUAUCGUCGCCGCCCUCUUCAUCCCCAUGGCCUUGAUCUCCAACACCUUCAUCUUCUUCAGCAUCCUGCUGUACCCGGGGUUCUCCACCAGCCACCACGUCAUCAUGCUCUCCAUCGCAUGCUACGACUUCAUCAUCGGCGCCGUCGUCCUACCCGCCUUCAUGUUAUGCUACGCCUCUAAAACCACCAGCGCCUUGAUCGGUGGGAGCAAACACGCCUGCCUGUUUAAACUCUCCACGCCCAUGAUCUCAGCCGACGGCUCACUCUACUGCCUCAUGUUCCUGUCCAUCGACCGCUACCUGGCUGUCAGAUUCUCCCUGCGCUACCCCACCUGGAUCACCCCCCGGCGGGCCGCCUACCUGACCAUCGGGAUAGCCGUGUGUGUCUAUCUCCGGGCGUACCUCCCCAUGAUGGGGUGGAACAGGUACGACUACAGCAUCCCCGACCUGACAUCCCGCUGCAGCAGCUACCGGACCCUGUACCCCAGCUACGUCACGUGGGUCAUGGACGCCCCAAACUACUUCGCCAUCUGCGUGUCAAUCGCCGUCAGCCUGCAGCUCGGCUUCAUCUUUCUGCACCAGGUCGGCUCCUUCAGACGUCAGAGCACCGGCUGGACGAAUGAGCAGAGGCGGAGCUUCAAGCUGCGGGUGGGCAGCGUCAAGAUGAUCAUGGUGCUGAUGGUGCUCUACAUCCUGCUCACCUUCCCCUACCUGCUGGUGCCGCCUUUCAUCAACUACUCCGUCUUCCCCAAACACACCACCGAGGUCUUCAAGACCUGCGCCAUCCUCAUGACCUUCUCCAACGCCGUGGUCAAAGCUCCCGUCUACGCCAUCAUGCGGGGUGAGUACUGGGCCGUCUACAAGAGCAUGCUGACCAACGCCCCCUGCCGGUGGAAGCAAUGUCUGCAGGCCCUCCACCGCCAGAAAAAACCCUUCCAGGCGCGCCCCGAGGGCGCCAAACUCGCGGAUAAAAAGGAAAACCAGACCGAGGACGAGAGCCUACGAUCCCAGUCAAUCUUCGAGCACGCCGAGAAGGCACCGUCUGGGAGCAGCGUCAACCCGCCCUCCUUCCUGUAUGAUAAUGACUUCCUGGAGGGCAAGUUCUCCUCCCCAGUAGAUGUCAAGGUCAAGUGGAGGCCGAUGGAGAAAAUCAUCAAGGCCGUCAAGCGGGGGAGUAAGGAGAACAAGGCCUCAGAGGUCAGCUGGGGUCACAGUGUGUAGCCAGAGGUCAGCUGGGGUCACAGUGUGUAGCCCGACGGACAGCACGGCCAGUCAAUUGCUGUCGGCUGUCACACCAUUUAUGUUUGCUGUCAUACAUGUAUGUCUCUUACAAUCAAUAAAGUUAAUC